UGAAGCUUUGCAGCCAGCGUGUGAAAUUUGAACGUGCUUUAGAAAUAGAUGGCAUUAUAUGUGUUAAUGCUGGGAACGAUUCUCCAGAGAUUGUCGUAAAAAUGCAUCGCACGGUGGUAAAACCAGAACACAAACAAUCAUUUGAUACGGAUGAGGAGAAUACAUUAACGCACACUAACUUACCAAUAUCAACCCCAAUACAACGUGCGGGAUCACCAAAUGGUGAAAAUAAUGGAAAAAUGACAAUAAGAUCAGCGCCACUUUUGCGCACAUUGAAGCCAAAGUCUGAAGAAAUGCCUAGUCCAAUAGAGCGUCAGCCAAUGAGUGAGGGGGAGGAGCAAAUGGCCACGCCACCUGAUAUGGAAGAGUUCCGAAGAAACUUGUCUGAUAAAGAAGAUGGAGUUGACAGUCUCGACUCUAGCCAAAGUUCAUUGAAGCGUAAAAUGGUGCAAGAUUACAGCAAUAGCGGUAAUAAACAUCCACGGCUGGCAGACACAAUACCAGGGGGCCUAGGGGAUGGUUACAUAGGGGCCAGUAGCAUAGACCACACUCCCAGAGCAGGUGAUGGCUCUAAGGUUCUUCAUUGGUUGGACUCAAAGGGUAACGGCACUGUGGAAGAACCCUUGAUCCGCGUCAUGGAAAACAGCGAAGGAUUGGCCAGUUUCUUUGAGGCGGGGGCAGGUGAGGAAAUGUACAGUGGUAGCGUGUUUGGUUGCAAUCCUUCUACUGAUGAUGCUGAUGUAACUAUAAAGCAAGAAUUUCGGGAGCCGAAGAUGAGAAUUGUUGGGUCAGGUGGUCAGUCCGUACAAUCCGUACAAUUUUACCCAUGUCACAUUUGUGGUAAGAUACUCAAGUCUAGAAUGGCGCUGCAUACUCAUAAAAAAGAACACUUGAAUACUUCAACCAGCUCAUAUACAACAAACAAGUUGGCUAACCCAACAAGCAAGGCGGCUAACCAAACAAGCAAGUCGGCUAACCAAACAAGCAAGUCGGCUAACCAAACAAGCAUCUCAGCUCCAACAACAACAAGCAAAUCUGUACUCUCGACAAGCAAGUUGGCCAACACUUCAAGUAAAACAAUUAUUUUCAGUUGUAAAGCAUGUGACAGUGUGUUUAGUGGCAAGGGGCAACUUGAGGCCCAUGUUCAACAGGCUCAUGGCUGUAAGUUGUGUCAGCUGUGUGGUGAUAUACUCAGUGACAAGGCCCACAUGAAGCAACAUUAUUACAACAAGCACCAUAUUAAUAUAUUACAUAGUGCUGCCAGUAUCAGCCAUUCAUAA